AUGGAAAUAUCAAAUGUUAUCAAGCAGAAGAAGAAGGAAGAGGAAAUGGAGGUUGAUGAAAUUUUGGCAAUGCUUGAAAAAGUUAAAGACGCAUCACAUGGUGAUGUCUAUUUCUACUCUUACCAAGGGUUUUGGAUUCAUGACUUUGAUUUGAAAGGUAUAAUUUCCUUUCAAACUCAAUUUGAGGCACGAGAUGAUGAUAUUUUAUUAGCUUCUUGUCCAAAAUCAGGUACUACUUGGUUAAAAUCUCUUGUUUUCGCUAUUGUGAACCGUGCUCAUCAUAAUUGUGCAACAUACUCUAAUAACAAUAACGAUAGCCCAUUGUUUACUACCAAUCCACACAAUCUCAUACCCUUCCAUGCAAGUAGUGAUUUCACCUCAAGUACCGAAAACAUGAAGCCAAGACUCUUGAGUACCCACAAUCCUUAUCCCUUGUUACCACCCUCCAUCAAGUCUUCUGGUUGUAAAAUUGUAUACAUUUGUCGAAACCCACUGGAUCUAUUUGUUUCUCUUUGGUACUAUAAUCACAAAUUUUGGGGGGAUAAUGAACCACAUCAUUUAGAAGAACAAUUCGAAUUAUUCUGUAAAGGAAUCCAUAUAUUUGGACCAUUUUGGGACCAUAUUUUGGGGUUUCGAAAAGCAAGCUUAGAGAUGCCUCAUAAGAUAUUAUUUUUAAAAUUUGAAGACCUUAAAAGAGACGGUGUGUUUUUUAUUAGAAAGAUGGCAGACUUUUUGGGAUUUUCUUUUUCAGCUGAGGAAGAAAAUCGAGGAAUUCCACAAGAAAUAGAAAAAUUAUGUAGCUUUGAGCAUUUAAAAAAUUUGGAUGUAAAUAAGACCGGCAAACAAUCAUUUGGUCCUUCCAAUAGUUCAUACUUUCGAAAAGGUGAGGUGGGAGAUUGGGUGAACCAUUUAACACCUGAAAUGGCAAAGCGUGGAAAGAAGCUCAUUCAAGAAAAGUUUGAACAAUCUGAUAUAACGUUUGAGUUCUAG